UUAGGCGACAAGUCAGCUGAUCGAGGGGGGGGGCUUCCCUAAACGACUGCUAUAGUAUAUGCAUAUAUCAGUAAAUUUAAUGUACAUAUAAUAUGCAAGAUAUAAUUUAUACUUAUUUUAAGGGCACGAUGCAAUUCUAAUUCAACGCACUUCUUUUUCGGUUGGAGUAUACGGAGUACAUCUCCUUCAGCUAACUGCUAACAGCUAACAGUAUUAGUAUUCACUGUAGUGAUUCUCCACAUAUUACCCUGAACGCCAUGGCGAGUUCAUUUACACUUGGUGAAAAAUGUCAUGAGAAGAUAACAGAGUUCCUGGAGAAAAAAGGUUGUACAUCUCCUGAUCUCCUGAAAGAAUUAGAGGCGCUUAAAAAGCAGACCAUCAUGUCAUUCAAGACUGCCAGGAAACUGCAGAAGCUUCUCCAGCAAAAUGGAUAUCCAGUUUACCUCCACGAGCUGCUCGAACACAGCAUGCUUCAUCUUCCGAAGGUGGAACCGCCUCCAAGAAAUCCUCAGCUAGUGGCUCGUCUGGAGAAAAUCAAAGCAAAACUUGCAAAUGAAGAAUAUAGGAGAAUCACACGGAAUGUAAAUCCUCAGGAAAUGAAUAAUGUUGGAACCCUAGCAGACUUCGGAAGACAAGUGCGAUCUGUCAAAGCGGUUGUUGUUACUGUGUUCAACUUCUUGGUAACGGUGGUUGCAGCCUUUGCUUGUGCUUACAUUGGCAGUCAGUACAUCUUCACAGAAACAGCAGCGAGGGUAAUAUCUGCAGUGAUUGCAGCAUCUGUAGUUGGUCUAGCUGAGCUUUAUGUCCUGGUUCGCACGAUGGAGGGCGACUUGGGAGAGCCGUAACACCAGCCAACACUGGAAAUAAAUCCAGGAUGUUGUUAAAAAGCAUAAUAGACUGUGUUUAAUUCUACUUUUCCAUCUGGAAAAGAAUGGAGAUCUUCAAAAUAAAAAAGAAUGGAGGAA